GAUGGAGCCAAUCUAAACGUGGUAGAUAAGUACGGCUGGUCGGCACUCAUGAUAUCUAGCGCGGCUGGGCAUUCAAAUAUAGUUGAAUGUCUACUAAGUUCCGGCGCAGAUACAUCUAUUAAGGAUAAAAGUGGAAGAAAUGCUGUAGAUAUUGCAAAUAUAAAAGGAAAUUUCGAAGUUCUGAAAAAAUUUCAAAGUUGGCAAAAUAAGGACGAAUUCAAGAUAAGAAAAAAGAAAUCAGAAGUUGAUGAAUUUGAAACCUGUGAUGUGUGCGGUGAAAUUUACCAAACAAAUAACAAAAAUCUUCAUAUAGCCUCGAUGCCCCACCAGUUGAAGAUUGAUCGGUCAGAGUUAGAAAUCGAUCCAGGAUUUAGUAUCUCACAAACCAACAAAGGCUACCAGCUUCUACGGAAAGGUGGAUGGGAUGGAAGGUCUGGAUUGGGUGCUGUAAAGGAAGGCCGAAAGACAGGGCGUCUCUUCCCUAUCAAAAGCGUUCUUAAACGGGACCGCGAGGGGGUCCAAGAGGGAACCAAGAAAUCUGCAAAAAUAACACAUUUUGCGGCAAAUGAUAAAGAGAGUAUAUUAAAUGCCCAAACCAGAGUUCAGAAGAAAAAUAGAUCGAAUCCACAGGACACAAGCGCGGAUUUGUUAAUUAGAAGAAGUCUUGGAAUUUUUUAGUAUUUUCAGUAUUGUUUAGAAUAUAAAAAGAACUUUCAGUUUGUCAGAGCUUAAAGCAUUCCCUACAUUUCAUGAUUGAAUUCAUUAUUCUUAAUCAUAAAUCAAUUAAUCAGAAUGAGUCGGCAAAUGAAUGUUGAUUUUUAAAAUUGGGAGGUGAUGCGUUGCAUUAUCACCUUCUAAUAAAAUAACACUCAAUAAUAUUAUGUAUUUUUUCCGAAAUAAUAAUUUUUAUUGUUUUCAGAUUUCCUACUUAUUGGACCUUUAGGAGAUUGGUAAAGUUGGGAGGAAGCUGAUUAAGUUCAUUCUUUCCCAUCUUCUAGGACAGAAUUGGUGGGGUAGGAAGUAGAACAAAGAGGGUAGGUAUGGCGGCAAGACGCGCCACGCAUGCAGACUCUUGGUAUAGUGCCGAUGCUAAAGAACUGAACAGGGAGUUGGAGGGAUGGUUGGCUAAUGUGGGACAACCUUCGAUAUCAGCUCGAGCAGUCAUCAGUCCCCACGCCGGGUAUAGAUACUCGGGGGCUACUGCCGCGCAUAGUUUCAAGCAGAUCAAUCCGGAAAAUGUUAGAACAAUUUUUAUUCUUGGACCAUCCCACCAUGUUAAGUUGUCUGGUUGUGCUGUUUCUCAGUGUGCUACCUACAAAACCCCGUUGUAUGAUCUGAAUAUAAAUACAGAGAUAACUCAAGAUCUCCUCGAUACAGGUCAUUUUGAGUUGAUGAGUAUGGAGGCUGAUGAGGACGAACAUAGUAUUGAGAUGCAGCUUCCAUACAUAGCCAAGAUUAUGGAGUCUGCCAGGGGAAGGUUUACUAUUGUUCCCAUCAUGGUAGGUUCUCUAUCUACCUCAGGAGAGGCCAAAUAUGGCAAACUUUUAGCUAAAUACUUGGAGGAUCCGUCCAACUGCUUUGUGAUAUCCUCGGACUUCUGUCACUGGGGACAAAGGUUCCGUUACACUCACUACAACCAGGACCAGGGAGACAUAUACCAGUCUAUUGAGGCCUUGGACCGUCAAGGUAUGGAACUGAUCUCAAGCCUUGAUGCCCCAGGGUUCUCUUCAUAUCUCAAAAAAUAUGGGAACACAAUCUGUGGAAGGCAUCCAAUAGGUGUAUUUCUAAACAUGGUUGCUGCAAUGCGUCAAAAUAUGAAUGGCAUCAAGAUGGAGAUGAACUUCCUCAGCUACGCGCAGUCGAACCAGGUGAAAAAUGUCCGGGACUCCUCUGUGAGCUAUGCUGCUGCUACGUUCAUUAUUCACUAGAAAAACCCUCACAAUUCAGAUUUAGAUUCAAUUGUAUUUUCAUCGUUUAUUUUUAAUUCGAUGAGCAUUGCGGUUCUUUUCGUAAGACCAGCUGAACAUUUUGUUUAUAGAUUAAGCUUUUCGUCAAGUAAAUUUCUAGUUAAGGUCGAAUUUUCAUCUUUGGAUAAAUCUUGCAUUCAUUAUUAUUUAUUUUCAAAAGUUUCCCCCCCUCACUUAUUGGAAAACAACUUUUGUUCUGCUUUUGGAGAGAAAGGAUAAAAAUUGGAUUUUAAAAGGCAAGAUUUUUUAAAAUCCUUUUUGAUACUUUUUAUCCAAAAAGUAAAAGUUAUUUUUUCCUGUAAAAUUCCCCGCUCCCCCCCCCCCCCGUCUCACUAAAUAACCUACCUCACAACGGGGGGAAUUUUUUUUCAAGAGAUUCGGGGGAUAAGUUUUAACAAGAUAAUGUGCACCCCUGAUAAUUGCUUGACGUUUUUUAUUCCCUUUAAAAACUUAGAUAGCAUAGUUUUUAAGUAUAUCUAAUAAAAGCUCAAUCUCCACGUACAGUUUAUCUUUUUAAGAACUAACGCUAAUAAAAAGUAAUAACUGUAAUUCACCCUAAAUGAAAAAGUAAAGCUCCGACGGCACAAUUUUAAAUUUUUUUUGUAUCCAAUAAUAUUUUUGAAAUAUUUUGAUCCCCGUGUAAUAUUGGAAUUAAGCGACGACUUCUAUAUCGUCUUCUUCUACGAGGCAUUAAAUAUGAGAGCACACUUUUUGUAGCAUCCUAGUUUAAAAAGUUAAUAAUGAAGACUAUAGUAUUGGGAAUUCCAAAAUGUGGGUUACUAUUUUUGCACCUCAAAAAUUGACGAGAGAUAUUAAAAAAUCUGUCCAGAUUAUGAUUUACUAAAUAGGGUCGAAAUGGCUCAGUAACAUUUCGUUUAGUACACUUUCGUCUAAGUUCACUUUUGUCUAGUUCAUUUUCGUCUAGUUCUUUUUUGUCUAGUAAAAUUUGGUCUAAGUAACAUUUCGUCUAAGUAACAUUUCGUCU